CGUCUAGCUUCGACUUUUCGCCGUUACAAUAUGGCGGAGGUCAUUCUUAUGGCUCCCAUGUGAAAGAAUCGAGGUGACGUGUCUCCUGUUUUCCGAUUUUUUGACAGUGGUUUUACAAAAUGAACGCUUUUAAACGUGAUAAGAAGGAGGAAGAAGAUGGUGGGGGAAAUCCUUUCCAAAACCUAGAAAAGACAACCGUUCUUCAGGAAGCUCGUACCUUCAACGACACUCCAGUUAACCCAAGAAAAUGCGCGCACAUUCUAACCAAAAUCUUAUACCUACUGAACCAAGGAGAACAGUUGGGUACGAUGGAAGCAACAGAAGCAUUUUUUGCCAUGACCAAAUUGUUUCAGUCCAGGGACGUUGUCCUGAGAAGAUUGGUCUAUCUAGGUAUCAAGGAACUGAGUUCUCUGGCAGAAGAUGUGAUUAUAGUUACUUCCAGUUUAACCAAGGAUAUGACCGGGAAAGAAGAUUUGUACAGAGCUGCUGCGAUAAGAGCUUUAUGUACCAUCACUGACAGUGGAAUGCUAGCAGCUAUCGAACGUUAUAUGAAACAAGCUAUAGUGGAUCGUUCUCCUGCUGUUUCCAGCGCGGCUCUAGUUUCCUCUUUGCACUUGACCAAAGUCUCUGGAGAUGUAGCACGUAGAUGGGCAAACGAAGCUCAGGAAGCUUUAAAUUCUAAUAACGUGAUGGUUCAGUACCAUGCCCUUGGUGUCUUGUAUCAAGCGCGUAAAGCAGAUAAACAUGCUGUGAUUAAAUUAGUCGCCAAGCUUAUGAGAACAAGUCCAAAAAGCCCAUACGCAGCCUGUAUGUUAAUUAGAAUGGCGUGUAAAUUAUUAGACGAAGUCGAUAAAGGAGAAGAACUAUUGGGAUUUAUAGAAACUUGUUUACGUCAUAAAUCAGAGAUGGUGGUAUAUGAAGCGGCACAUGCCUUGAUCAAUCUUGGAAGAAAUUGCACGAAAGAGAUAACGCCUGCUAUUAGUGUCCUCCAAUUAUUCUGUGGAUCUCAGAAACCAGCUUUGAGAUUCGCCGCUGUUAGAACCUUGAAUAAAGUUGCCAUGUCUCAUCCAACGGCAGUUACCGCGUGCAACUUAGAUUUAGAGAACUUAAUUACCGAUUCGAACAGAUCUAUCGCUACGUUGGCAAUUACUACCCUAUUAAAAACUGGAGCGGAAAGUUCGGUUGAUCGAUUGAUGAAACAAAUUGCUACCUUUGUGUCUGAAAUUUCAGACGAAUUUAAGGUCGUAGUUGUACAAGCCAUAAGAGCUCUAUGUCAAAAGUUCCCUCGGAAACAUACUGUUUUGAUGAACUUUCUCUCUGCUAUGCUAAGAGACGAGGGAGGACUCGAAUACAAAGCAGCAAUUGCAGAUACGAUAAUAGCUGUUAUGGAAGUAAAUGCCGAUGCGAAAGAAGCCGGCUUGGCUCAUCUCUGCGAAUUUAUCGAAGAUUGCGAGCAUAACUCGCUCGCCGUUCGCAUUCUUCACUUACUUGGUCAGGAAGGGCCAACUUCGAAACAACCAUCUCGAUAUAUUCGCUUCAUUUACAAUCGCGUGAUUCUGGAAAGUGCCAGCGUUCGUGCAGCCGCGGUUACCGCGUUAGCACGUUUUGCAGCAGCAUGUCCUCUGUUACUACCAAACGUGCUAGUUCUUCUGUCCCGCUGUCAAUUGGAUUCGGAUGACGAAGUCCGCGAUCGUGCAGCCUAUUAUUGCACUAUUCUACAGGAACAAAACGAACCAACUAUUUUGCCUUUGAUACAACCUCCUCUCCUCUCCGUACCCAGUUUGGAAAGAGCUUUGCGAAAUUAUAUGCAAACAUCGAUGGACGAACCAUUCGACAUCUCGCAGGUUCCACCAGCGCAAACGGCCGAAGAACCAACACAAGUAGAACUACAUACUACUGUGAAACAACAACCUCGAUUAACGCGCGAGGAGAGCUUCAUGGAAAAAUUAUUACAGAUACCACAUUUGGCUAACAUUAUUCGUGAUUCUCCGUUGCUUAAGUCUUCGCCUGUCUCUGAAUUAACAGAGUCGGAAACGGAAUAUAACGUUAAAUGCAUUAAGCACACGUUCGCGGAAUUCCUUAUUUUGCAAUUCGAUUGUGUAAAUACUCUUCCCGAUCAAUUACUCGAGGAUGUAAGAGUAGCUGUCGACGCACCUGAAGGCUAUAUGAUCGUGAGCGAAGUUCUAUGUCCUCGUCUACCUUACAACGAGCUUGGUACAACAUAUACAGUAUUAAAAUAUCCAGAAGACAUUUAUGCCAGUGUCGCUACUAUUCCUACAACUCUGCGAUUCAUAGCUCGUGAUUGCGACCCUGCGACGGGUGUUCCAGAUGCCGAUCAAGGAUACAACGAUGAAUACAUGUUAGAGGAUUUGGAGGUGACGUUGGCUGAUCAAGUUCUAGGAACCGGAAACAGAGUAUUAGAUUUCCAUGCUGCGUGGGAGGCAGCGACUUCGGCAGGAUUCACUAGGCUGGAAGAAACAUUUGCUUUAGGCUCAUCGGUGAACAGUUUGGAAGGAGCGAUUCAAAGUCUCACGGGAUUUUUGGGCUUGGAUGCCGUAGAUCGAACCAAUCGAGUACAAUCUGGUGCUGCUACGCAUACUUUAUUAUUGAGUGGCAUCUUCAGAGGAGCGAAAGAAAUCCUUGCUCGAGCAAGAUUAGCGAUAUCGGACAGUCAAGUAACAAUGCAACUUACCGUACGCUGUCAAGAUGUAAACGUUGCCGAGUUAAUUAUUUCUUCUGUAGGGUAAACUGUUUCCAUUAGAUCGAUUAUACGCGUAUCACGUAUCGAUGGAUUAAUCUCAUAAAAGCCGAUGUUCUGUACUAGAAACUUUUUAUUUUGAAUAUUACAAAUACGAUGCUAUAAGUAAAUAUGUUACAAAAUGGGGCUAUUGUUAAAUCCCUAUUUCUAUGUAAUACUUUGUACAUACAAUUAUAAAACGAUUCUCUAAAUAA